AUGAUUCGACUCGGGUUUAUUUUCAAUCUCUGGUGUUUGUCUUUGACUGUGGUCCGCGCUUGGUCACCCGCGGCAGCCUGGUUUGCUGCAUCCUCACGUUUUCUAGCCAAUCCGUUCACGUUCAACUCGCCUUGGUUUGUGGAUCCGCCCCGUAUUCCAGUCCGGGAUAUGCCGUACAGGUACCACCACCACCACCACCACCACCAGACUGAAGAUGACGAGGAUGAGCAUGCGAAGUCGGAGAUCAAAAUACGACGACUGAUUUCCGUGGCCUAUGACGGCCGGAACUAUGUGAUGGUCGAGAAUCUGACGCUUCCAUUCGAACAGGCGGAACAGUAUUGUGAGACCGAGUUCUCGGAUCCGAUGCAUUUGAUUUCCGUGCAUUCAGAUGCGGAGUGGGAAAUGCUCAACGAUGCUUUUGGACAAACCUACCCUAGUGGAAUUUGGCUAGGGGGUAAAAUACGUCACCUCAAACCCAAAGUGUUUGCCCUAAUGUGGAAUGACCAUACCCCGGUGGACUAUCAUCGUUUCUCGGUCACGGAGCAAGAACGCUGGGUCUCCAACUGGAACGUGCGUAGCCACGGUUGUAUUGUUGCAAGUGUGGAACGAUCGAAACGGGGAAAUUGGACCACCGAAUUCGCUCCGUGUGUUGAACCGCGAGCUUUUAUUUGCAAGGAGCCCGGUGAGAGCUCUUCAAGUCGGCGAGCACAUUUUCACAUGGUGAAUCGACACUUUACCACGUCCCACCGUGACUCCAAUACUUUUGACGACCGGUUGGAUCCGUCCCUGCUACCACCUCGUCCUGGAAUGCCUUCCAGAUUCGGUCCCGCGGAACGACAGCGGUUCCGAUUUGAAGUCGUACAAAACCAAAACGAGCAGCAGCGUCACGCGGAAUCUGAAGAGAACGCGAAGCGGAAAAUCCCUUCCUACUCUUCCCCACCACCGCUUCCAGCCGAAGAAAUGCAAGUAACGGAGUCAGAAGUAAUAACAGCUGAUACCAGCGAAACUACCACCACCACCACCACCUCCGCGGCGAAGUCUGAAUCCUCAAGUACACCAGUUCCAGCCAUGAAAUCUCAUCCAGCAAGCCCAAAAUUGCCGUCUUCGACUGAGAGUGAACAGAUUCCCGUGGCCAGCGGAUCGGAAGAAUCCAGGGUGCCACAUCAAUCAUCAGCCUCGGGUCCGGCCAUCAACAUAAUCAGCACAGCCCCGGUGCUCGCAGGCAUGCCAAAUCAAAGCCAAACUCCUCCAGCUGGUCCACCGAAAUUCACCGUUGUACAACCAACGACAUCACACUCUGCCCCGACCACGUCCGUAGUUCGUAUGCCGAUUCUCAAAUCCAACGCACAAGUAAUCUACCCUCAAUCUAUCUGGGAUUUAGUUUAG